UGUUGUACAGCUAUUAGAAUCAGUAGCAGUAGUAUAGUAGACUUUCACCAAAGUUAGUGUUAAAUGGGUGUGGCCUAUCCAUUAGGCUCUUGUCCAGCUUUCACUCCGUUCAGACGAUCGUCAUCCACACUAUUGCAGGCUGUGAGUCUUUUGUUAACAUAGCAGGCUAAGGGUAGCUAUCAGAGAAUGCUAUACGAUGGGCUAGAAACCUUCAAUCGAAGUUUCUAUCUAUAUUUCCUUUAAUCCACUUCCGUUUGUUGUGAUGUCAUAGUUUUACUGAGCAUAUACAAUGUUAUCCAAAGCCCCCAGAUACCGCGGGGAUAUUAGCGCAUGCGCAAGCAGUCGAUACCAGGCCCACUUCCCUGAGUGAAGUGCGGCCUGGGAUCGAGGCUAUAGGCUCUACUCUGAUAUGAUGCAGCAGCCAUUAAUUUUAGACUUCGGCAUCCUUUUUAUCAACAAUCACGAUUGAUCAUUUCCCACCCACUCUUUGAGUUUCCCUAUGAUUAAUAGUCGGAUGCAAAAAAUUUAUCACAUGUAUUAGCAAUGAUAUUAGCUAUAAGCUUUGUUACCCGAGGGGCACGUGGACGGCCACGGGUAUAGUAGUCCGUUGGUUUGUUUGUCUGUGUGUGACAUGUGAGUCUACUCACCUGGAUGCUGCCAUAGCACUGCGUUUACAGCAAGGAUAGCCUCCACACACACAAUAGUUUUAAUUGUGACAGAUUUCGAUGUUAAAGUUUCUUUGUCGUAUAAAAGCGAGCAAAAGCCAUGAACUUGCACGUUGGCUAGCUCUACACUCGAUCUUUGUUCGAGGUAGAUCUACAUAAAAAUGAUUUGCAGCUGAAGUGAUCCUUUACUGGUCUCUGUUAAAGUAGAAUUGUAGCUUUGUGUGUGUGUGUGUGUGUCUGUUCCAGCUGUAACUGCUCAACGGUUGUAAUGCGACAAAAACUAACAACUUCUAUAGGCUUCUAGCCACGUUCUUUUGGAUUUUGAUUCGUAGAAUAGCAAAUUAAAGCUUCUUUCUCGAGUUGUGGCUAUUUUGACUCUCAUUGAAGGCUGUUGCAGUCUCUUCAGAAUCUUUCGUAACAUUAUUUGUUCGCACAAAGUUUCUAUUCAACUUAUAAGUUAGUCUAGCUUGCACUAAAGCACUAGCUUUUUGUUAGCUAUACAAGAGUCAGAAAAGAGCUGUAAAACUAGCUACCGUAUAGCGAAUGACAUUCUGACAGAAGAGCUCUCUGUCCUCGCCCUCCUCGUCCAGGUAAGUCUCUACUCUAUUGUAGUAGCGCUUAGUCCCAUCAUCGAGCCGAGGUAAGGAGUUGGUUAUCUUUGCUUCCAUAUGCCACGUGGGUUAAAUAAAUCCUAGUCAUUGCGCAUGCGCAUCUACCCUACAACAGUAGAUGGGCCGGCCCCGCCUAGGGAGUUUUUUAGUGUAAAUACUCUCGAUCUCAUCAUUGAAAGACAUUCAAGCAAUUUGUGUGCAAUUCAAGGUACUAGGUACAUACAUACUAUGGAUAUCAUUUCAGCCGUUAAAGCUCAAGACUUGGAUGCUAUUGAAGCAGCAAUUGAAAGAGGAGAAGACGUAAACAGUGUGGAUCCGCUGGACAAUGAUGGUAUUACACCUCUCUUUAUAGCAGCGAGACAUGGUUUCACAGAGAUGGUCACCAAGCUGCACUCAUGUGGAGCAACUAUGGACAAAGCUACCGUUCGUGGGGAUACUCCACUUAUGUCAGCGGGCUGGAAUGAUAAUCCAAGAACUGUCAGGGAACUACUCAGAUGUGGAGCUUCUGUUGAUCUGGCAAACAAAGAUGGGAAUACACCGCUAAUAUCGGCAGCGAGAAGAGGCCACAAAGAUGAUGUACAUGAGAUACUCCUAGCGAAAGCCACUGUGGAUCUAGCUAAUAAUAAAGGGGACACAGCACUUAUCGUCGUGGCAGCCAUGCUUGGAUACAAAGGUACAGUAAGGGAACUGCUUUCAUCUGGAGCAACUGUGGACUUAUUAAACCUCGAGGAAAACAACCCACUUAUCUUGGCAGCAAAGAAUGGACACACGGAUAUCGUCAGGCAACUACUACGCUAUAAAGCAACAGUCAAUGUGGCGAAUAAAUUAGGGGACACUCCUCUAAUCCUAGCAGCCAGGUUUGGUCACACAGAUAUUGUGAGGGAUUUGAUGUCAGCCGGAGCCACUGUGGAUUCUCUAAAUAGAGAAAGAAGUAGCGCUCUUAUCAGGGCCGCAUUUUUUGGACAUACUGACAUUGUCAAGAUACUGUUGUCGUCGGGAGCACAUGUUAAUCUGGCUAAUAAUAUUGGAAAUACUCCACUCAUUUCGGCAGCUAUUAAUGGACACACAGAGACAGUUGGGACUCUUCUUUUAUCUGGAGCCUCUUUAAAUGUAUCUAAUGAAGCUGGAAACACUUCUUUGAUGGAAGCAGCUCAGAACGGUCAUGCUGGGACAGUCAGAAAACUCAUUUUGUCCGGAGCCUCUUUUGACAAGGCUAACAAAGUUGGCAACACUGCACUUAUUGCAGCGGCCAUGGGAGGCCAUAAGGAUAUACCAUCGUGGAGCUUGUGUUGUUAGGAGCCACAGUAGAUCUACCUAACAACUUAAAGGGUGGAGUUACACCGCUUAUGGCUGCACCAAAUUAUGGCCAUUUAGAUGCUGUUAAAGAGCUACUAUCGUCAAGAGCCAUCGUACAAAUUACUAACAAAGUG